UUGGGCUGUGUACGUUGCUUUCCUCACUGAAUGUAUCCCCCCCGCCAUUUACUUAGCCGCCAUCGCUGCAAUGUACUUUGCUGUCAUAUCCGGAAUGUACUUUGCCGGCAUUUCCUUAAAUGUGCUUUGCCGGCAUUUCCACAAUGUGCUUUGCCAACAUUUACGCAUCGUACUUCGCCGGCGCUUCGACAAUGUACUUCGCCGGCAUUUCCGCACUGUACUUUGCUGCCAUCGCCGCAGUGUACUUUGCCGGCAUUUCAUCAGUACUUCAUUCAGGAGAAGGGCCUGUGUAUGCAGUGAGUUGGUGUGGGAGCCUUAUCGCAUGGGCGAACGAUCUGGGUGUCAAGGUGUACGAUCUGGCGACCAAUCAACGGAUAUCGUUUAUCGAGAGGCCUAAAGGCAGUCCCAGCCCUGAGAUUGUUAUGCCUCACGUUGUAUGGCAGGACGAAUCGCUUCUCAUUAUUGGAUGGGGUGACUGUAUAAAACUUGUUGCAGUACGAACAAGAGGCGUAGACCAGAUCGGUUUCAACGCUAUGCCCUCCACGAGGGAUGGUGUUGUGAGUAAGAGUGUGACCAAACCAGCCUCUGUACCAUCUUCGCCCAGGAGAUUGCCAGCCCAGUUAAGCGGGCAGAGCUCUGGCUCAGGUUCGGGUGAGUACUUGAGCUUUGGAUUAGGGUUGGGCUUAGGGAACUUGGGGUUGAGCUUGGCCGGAAACGGCAGAAGUCCGAGCGCUGUGCCAGCUGGUCCCAAACACAUGGAAGUUGUGGCUAUGUUCAGGACCGACUACUGGGUCUCUGGUGUUGCACCAUAUGACAAGGACCUGCUUGUCCUUGCAUACAUCACGACAACUGUGAGCGAAGACGGCGCAGACACUUCAUCCUCACAUACCCCCUCGGGUUCUGAAAACGGGGUGACGGUCCCGCCUCAGCCGGCCCAGGCAGCUCAGAGACCGGAAAUUCGCAUUCUGACGUGGAAGAAUGAGGAAUUGACCUCCGAUGCAUUGGACAUCCGUGGAUAUGAGCACUUCCAAGCAAAUGAUUACGCCCUUGCGUAUGUGCCAUCUUCUGGAGGCAGCACUGCGGGAGGGCGAUGGGCUGCAGGAGAUGAACCAUUUUAUUAUGUGCUGAGUCUGAAGGAUGUGAUUUUGGCGAAGCCCCGUGAUGCGGAAGAUCAUGUGGAAUGGCUUUUGAAACAUGGGCGUUACGACAAGGCUCUGGAGGCUGUUGAAGCUGCGGGUGCACGGCCUGAGUUAAUGGAAGAGGUUGGUCGCCGGUACUUGGAUCACCUUCUUUUGCAGAAGAAGUAUGCUGAUGCAGCUGCCCUGUGUCCUAAGUUACUGAAGGGAAAUGCUGCAUCUUGGGAGAGUAGAGGGGGACACGGAGAGGAGGAGGAGGAUGUGGCCGAGGAGGACGACGAGAAUAGUGAGGACGACAACGAGGCGGAGGAGCAGAGAUGGGGGAGGAGAAGGGAUGGACGGAGGGAAAGAGGAAGGGCGGGAGGAGGACGUGUGGGAGGAGGAGGAGACACGGACGGAGAGGAAGGGGAGGACAUGAGGAAGGUAAGGAGACGAGGAGGCAUGGAAGAUGGCGAAGUACGAGGAGGAGGAGGAGACAAGGAGGAUGAGGAAGGGCAGGAGGAGGACGAACAGGAGGAGGAGACAUGGAGGGCAGGAGGAGGACGAAAAGGAGAAGGGAGGAGGAGACAUGGAGGAGGAGGAAGGGGAGGAGGAGCAAGGCUGAAGAAGGAGGCAGAGGAACAGCUAAAGCUGCAACAGGCCAGAGUAGCUGAAUUGGCAGGGCAGGAGGCUGCAACAGAUCACUCCAGGAGAGAGUAUCUGUUGCAGCAGCUAGACAAGUCUCUCGCUGAUGAUCGGUGCUCCCAGGUGACCAAUCACAUGGCUGAGAUGAUCCUGUUGGAGCACAAGAUCACCAGCUCCCAGUUUACAAACUGGGAUGAUCGUUUUGUGCGGCUGGAGCGUCGGGUUGACGAGCUGUCAGCUCAGCAGUCCAAGAUCCUGGACUCUAUCCAGGGCUUGUCUGCUCAGUUGGCAGCCGCCAAGCUGAUUACUUCUCAGCUCCCUCUGCUGAAACCCAAAACCUCUCCUCCUCCGUCACCACCUCCUUCACCUCCUACAUCUCAUGGGGGAUCUGUACAUUCUUCCCGGUCAUCUACUCCUUCUCAAAAGGCCUCAGCAAAGGCCACCUAUGCUGCUGUGACUGCAGCAGACAGAGGUCCCAAGAUCCCUGCUCCCAACAAGUUCAGGGGCGAUGACCCCAAGACUGAUUGGUUGAGGGCAGUGAACCCUAGGAUCAACUGGCAGAUUCCUAGAGUUGAGCUACCAGACCGCCAGGGGGUGUAUCAGCAAUGCAUGAUUGCAGCUGAUCACCACCCUAAGACCUCCUGCUACUGCCUGAGAGCGAGGGAGUUCCAUGCUCUCUCUCGCCAGUACCACCAUGAGCGUCUGUUUAUUGCUUUGGUCAAACAAACAGAUGCUCCCCCUGUUUCCUGUCCUCCUGAGAUACAACAGGUGGGAGAUCAGUAUGCUGAUCUGAUGCAGGAGCCCUUUGGACUUCCCAACCGGCCAACCAAGCAUCACAUCGAGCUGCUGCCUGGAGCGGUCCCUCCUAAGGGUCACGUCUACAGGAUGUCCCCUGCUGAGCUUGAGGAGCUCAGAAAGCGGCUUGAGACCCUGACCAGCAAAGGAUGGAUCAGACCCAGCACAUCUGAAUUCGGUGCACCUGUUCUCUUUGUGCCCAAAGGGAACGGCGAGUUCAGGAUGUGCAUUGACUACAGGGGUCUCAAUAAGAUCACUAGGAAGAGUACUGAGCCACUUCCUAGGAUCGAUGACCUCCUGGACAUGGUGCAGGGCUGCACAAUGUUCAGCAAAGUCGAUCUCAAAUCUGGCUACCACCAGAUUGAGAUGGCAGAGGAGGAUGUCUACAAGACAGCCUUCAAGACUAGAUAUGGGACAUACGAGUUCCUGGUCAUGCCAUUUGGACUUUGCAAUGCCCCAGGCACCUUCCAGACUGAGAUGCACCGCAUCUUCAGGCCUUACCUGGACAAGUUUAUGGUUGUCUACCUGAAUGACAUCCUAGUAUUCAACAAAACUGCCAGGGGACAUGCGGAGCACUUGGCUCUGGUCCUUCAGUCGUUACGCGACAGCCAAUACAAGAUUAACAAAGAAAACUCCUCUUUUGGAGUUCCCUCUGUCAUCUACCUGGGUCACGUAAUCUCUGGAGAUGGCCUGGCUCCUGAAGCAGCCAAGAUUGCUGCUAUUCAGGACCCUAUCACAGCGCUUUUCUGGAAGGAGAUGCGGAGUGAUAUGCUGCGUUAUGUGGACACCUGUGAGCUUUGCCAAAGGAACAAGGUUCACCGUAAACCUCCUUUGGGACUGCUCAAACCUUUACCCAUACCUGAUGGCCCUGCCCAAUCUGUGUCGAUAGACUUCACAGAUUUAGGCAAGACCACCCCUCGGGGCAUGCGUCAGGUUAUGGUCUGUGUAGACAGGUUCUCCAAAUACGCAGAGUUCAUCCCCUUGCCAGAGGUAGCUAGGGUACCGGCUGUGAGAACAUCCUUCUCUGAGAGGUGGGUCACACACCAUGGACCGCUCACCUCUAUUGUCAGUGAUCGAGACCCCAGAUUUUGCAGCGAUGAGUGGCAGUCCUAUUGCAAGGACUAUCUGCACUCACGACUGGACAUGACUUCUGGUCACCAUCCUGAAGCCAAUGGUUUGGCUGAAGUGAUGAACCAAGUCUUGUUCCAGCUGCUGCGUCCUGUCAUCUCUCCAGAUCAACAGGACUGGGAUCUUCACUUGGCGAGGGCACAACUCAUGUAUAACAUGUCUGUCCACUCCUCGACAGGGUUCAGUCCCUACCGGUUGCACUGGGGACGUGAACCACGCCAGCCUCUUGAUGAUAUCAUCGACAAGGCUAAGCCUGAUCUGAUGCCAGACACUGCAGAGUUCGCCAGACGCUAUCGUCUGGAUGUGGAAAGAGCCCGCGCGAACUUGUUCAAGGCCCAAAAGGCCAUGAUUGAACAAGCCAAUCGCCACAGGCGGCCUUCCCCCAUCCGUACUGGUGAUCAUGUCUGGGUAGCCCGUUCUGAGUUUUCGAGGGAGGAGGAUAUCUCCCCGAAGCUGUCGCCACUCUACUUGGGUCCGUGGCAGGUCCUAGAUACAGUGGGCACUAACCCUUUCGGCCCGUCGUAUGUUAUCGACGUCCCACUGCAUCUACGUACCUAUCCGGUCUUCCAUGCAUCCAAGCUGCUGGCUUUUACGCCAGCUGAUGCAUUUCCUGACCGGCCCCCUCAAUGGGGCCCACCAAUCCCUGGCAAGGGGUAUGCGGUGGUGGCCAUUGAGGAUGAGUGGGGCACAGGCCCCGACCGACAGUAUCUUGUCAGGUGGGUGUUCCAUUUUGCUCACCUUCGGCAGCUCCCUGUGCUGGCUCCUUAUAUCCCCACAUCAUCUCCGCAAUUGAAGGACACAGUUUACGAGGUUGUUCUGGACGGUUUUCUUAUGUGGCCCACACAAUAUCCAAGGAUGCUAUCCACUGUGCGAUCAUGGCCGUCGUCGAUAUACACAAUCUCCAACGUCAUUGCUGAGGUGCAGCGCUUUGUGUCGGGCUUCAAGGGCGCAUCGACGGACCUUGCUGUGCUGGAAGAGGUACUGGCAGAGCUUUACUUGCUUGACAAGCAAUAUGAGAAAACAUUGACUCUUAUGUUGCAGAUUGUGCUGUUGACGACAAUCGAUCCAGACCGAGCAGUCGGCAUUCUUGUUCAACAUUUGGACGAGGUUCCUGUGGCCGUUGUCGUGACCCAACUUCGGAGUGCCACGCCCGUGGGCAAAUUCAGGCCGAUGUUGCACAAGUACUUGCACGCGGUGUUUGAGAAGGAUUCCACUGCGGCAACUGAAUUCCAUGGCCUUCAGGUUGAGCUGUAUGCGGACUAUGAUCGGCGAUUUCUCCUUCCGCUGUUGCGGUCAAGUCAACACUACGACCUGGGAAAGGCUUAUGACGCAUGCCGUAAGAGGGGGCUCACUAAAGAGAUGGUCUUUAUCCUCGGGCGAAUGGGAAAUGCUAGGCAGGCACUCUGGCUCAUCAUCGACGAGCUUCAUGAUGUCGAACAGGUGGGGUCAUUGCUGGAGCAUACUGUUGGAAAUAUUGACCCACUGCAUUUGAUGAAUAAGCUUCCUGCCGGACUCGAAAUCCCCAGGUUGCGAGAUAGGCUGGUGAAAAUCAUCACGGAUUAUGGGACGGAGAUGUCUCUCCGUCAAGGGUGCAAUGACAUACUAAAGGCUGACUGUGUGACAUUGCUCAUCAAGUACUUCAAUGAAGCAAGGCAUGCGAUACGUGUCGGAGAGGAAGGAUCAGAUAUGACCAGGAGUUCACCUAAUUUAGACCGGCAAGAGUCGAAGAGGGUUGGUGCUAGCGCAGAUCCGUUGACGACAGGAACGAAUAGCACAGGCAGCAACUGCUUGCCAGGGACAAGUAACCCAGCAAACGACGGUGUGACCGGCGUGGCAGCGAGUGCCUUGUCGACACACAGACAAAUGGGUGGAAGCGGCCUGUGCUGUGUCUGUUUGGACCCUGUGUCAAGUCGUGCAACGCCGAUCGUCGUGUUCUUCUGUGCCCAUGCGUAUCAUCUUCCUUGUCUUAAUGAGCUGAGAAGCAGCAUUGCUCCACCUGUGCAGGCUUCGGCAGCUUCUGCACCGCUUCCACUUUCGCUUUCAGAAAGGGCGAGGCGAUGGGCAGGAAAAGGCACCGAGGAUGAGGGCGUAGAAAAAGGAAGGAACGGAGGAGGGCAGCAGCAGGAGGCGGAGCUUCGGUGUGUGAUCUGCACUGCAGCUGCAUCUGCAAGAAAGGGGCCAAUGGGGGUGGAGAAAGGUGAGGAGGGGGGAGCGAUCACCAGAAAAGUCGUGAAGAAAGGAACUGUGGAGUUUGAUGGUGCCAAUGGCAGCAGUUCUUCUGUAACCCCUGAGCAUGGCGUCUUGAAUGCAUUAUAUUAAGCUGAUAGACCUGUAUAACCAACCCAUUUGUAUAUUGUUUGUUCCAUUGGAGCCUAAACAUAGUUCAGCAAUUCGUCGGCGCGGGCGGCGAGUCAUCAAGGCCGACAAGCUCAGCAAUGCCAUAGGCGGUGGUCCAGGCUAAACGAAUCGGAAAGAAAAUGUACACAGGACCUGUGGAGAACGGCAAGCGUGCCAGGUUCACUUACAGUGUGUGACAGCCACAUGCAAUGGGAGAGAGCAGGAAGGCGGGAGGGCGGGAGGGAGGGAGGGAGGGAGGGAGGGCGGGGGGACGGGGUUGGGGUUGGUCGGGGAGCAAUAGCAGCGGUGCACGAAACAGCAGGUGGCGUUGUAACCGCAGAGUAAGGGGAUAUGAGUGUGAGGGGGGGUGGGGGUUGAGGUUGUCGUGUUAAACGGUGAUUAGUUGGGAGACGAAGACGCACCCACAGCCGGCAAAAAUUUUAGAGAGUGGAGGGGUAGAUGGCCACUGCCUGAAUCAGUCGCGAUAUUGCGGCCGUCGAAUGUGGUAGGCGAUGAUGAGAAUCGAUGGCGUAAGGAGGAGACCAACAUGAGAUGGUCGCACUCAAGAGAGGUAGCACGUAGCUGGCGAUGGUUGCUGAAGACCCACUGAACAGAGGGAAGAGGCUCGAUGUUUUUCAGACAUUCGCGAUGUCUAGGUGACCUGUCUUUAAGCGCUUGAGCGCUACGCGGGGGAGGUUCACGAGAUUCGCAAGAUGGGGGGGAUUCGCUAAUCGGACUGCAAGUUCGGCCCUCGGAGAGAAGCUUAGGAAGGAGGGGAUUGCCGGAAGUUUUUUGUCCAAUUGUAUAGGAAGGUAUGAGAAGUGGCUGCUCCUUGAUUCACAGGUUGAAUUCAUCUGUGCAUAUCACAUGGGGUAACCACCUACUUCUCCCUUCCCUGUGUGUGUUUUUUGUGUCCAUCUUUUCUGCCACCUUGAUGUUUACUUACCUCCUCUUACUACAGUUCUCUGAGUCUGAGCUUCAUUCUUGUAUUGCAGCUGCAUGUUGUCGUGCUUCUAGGUUAGGUUCUUUCCAACUGCCUUGUUUAAUAUGUUUAUGCUAUAAUAAGAUCAUAAUCUAAAGUGAUUUAUGUCUGCUGACUCUGCCCUGAUUAUCUUAUUGCGUUGCGUGACAAUGAUCUCAUUACACUAUCCAUCCAAUUUGCCUUAUGAAAAUCACAGUACCAAGAUGGUUUAGGAUUC